AAUUACCCAGGUGAAAAGAAAACAAAAAUGAAUAUUAAUACAAUGGUUAGUACGACCAACAACAUCAUAGAGUACCGAAGAACUAAACUAAAAUUAAAACAACAACUCCAACACAUACUAUUCCUACGAACAUGUUUAGAAGAAGAACUGAAACCAAAAUUUGCUAGACAUAAAUUUCCAAAACAUCUAAAAACAGAUUUGAUUCAGAAAAUCAUGACAAAAGAUAUAAAAACAGAAAUAAAAAAACAUUAUUCUAUAAUUAACGACAUCAAUAUCCAACUAUACUAUACAUACCAAGAAUUAACUAUCACUUUACACUUCGAAGAAAUAGAAGAAAUAAUGGUAAACAUAGAACAAACACAGAAGGAGAAGUUGUUCCGAGAAUGGGAAAAGAAAGACAAAAAAUUGAAACAACUUCGAGAAGAACAAAGAAUGGAGAAGAAUAGGAAUACGACAUCAACAAGAGAGAAUUUAACAACACAUAAAUUUCAUAAAAGAGUUACAAAUAUGUCAAAGACACCGUUUAAUCAAAACGAAAUGAAUUUACUAGAAAAAGGACUGAAAUAUUCCAUAUAUAAAACAACCAACCUCAGAAAAACAGCAUUAGAACUAGAAGCAGCUACGAGAGGACUGCCAAAAGAAGAAGAAAUACACAAAACCUUACAACAAAUACUAAUGAAAGAAGAAACUAAAAUAACAAAAAGGAAGAAAAAGAACAACGAAAAAACAGAAAAGAAAAGGAAAAAUGAAGAAAAGACAUUGAAAACCAUCAAAGAGAAAAUAGAAAAAAAUGAUUUAAUCUUUACUAAGGGCGAUAAAAGUGCAGGUUUAGUCAUUUUGGAUAAGAUAAAUUAUAUAGAAAAAACCGAAAAAUUCCUUAACGAUAACAAUUUCAUAAAAACCCUAAAAAAUCCUACUAACUCCUUCCAUGAAAAAGUCAAGAAAAUAAUAAACAAUAGUAAAACUACUUUAACGAAAUAUGGCAGAAAUGUAAGAUCAAUCAUCCCAAUGAACCCGAAAAUACCUAGAUUGUAUGCAUUGCCUAAGCUGCAUAAACAGAACAUGCCCAUAAGACCAAUAAUAACCAGCAUCGACUCAAGUACUUACAAAAUAUCAAAAUUUCUAAUAGACAUUUUCAAAACAAAUAUUAACUUCCAACCAACACACACUAUUCGGAAUAGAUCAGAAAUAAUAACAGAACUGAGCACAAUGUCACUGCCAAAAGAUUUUACUAUUCUAUCCUUCGACAUCGUCAACCUGUAUACCAACAUCCCCACCAGACAAACAUUGAACAUUAUUAAAGACAUUCUAUCACAUAACAUAACAGACCUAAAUGAUCGUAAUAACAUUUUCAACCUAUUCGAGAUCAGUUUACAACAAAAUUUCUGCAAAUUCAAUAAUAAUAUAUAUUCAUACGAAGAGGGUUUACCAAUGGGGUCUCCUUUGAGCAGUUUGAUCUCUGACAUAUUUCUAAAUGAGAUGGAAACUAAACUUAUAAUUAAUAAAGAUAAUAAUCCAUAUUUUGAAAACAUAAAAUUUUGGAAAAGGUAUGUAGAUGACAUACUAGUCAUUGUUAAUACUAAAGACAACAACACUAUAAACAAGAUUCAUAAAUAUAUUAACUCAAUACACAGCAAGAUACAAUUUACGAUAGAACAAGAGAAAAAUAACGAAAUAAACUACCUAGACAUAAACAUAAAAAGAACACAGGAUAACGGUUUUAUAUUUAACACAUACAGAAAACCAACACAGACAGAUGCAGUCAUACCCUACGACUCAUAUCACUGUAACGCACAUAAACUAGCUGCUUUUAGAUCACACAUACAUAGAGCAUACAAUUCAAAAAUGAACACAGAAAACCUUACCACCGAAAUAAAUACAAUCUACCAAGUUGCGAAAAAUAAUAACUUCCCAACUUACAUAAUAAAUAAUAUUAUAAACAAACAACAGAAAAAACAAAAAAUGAUUAAUUGUACCACUCUAAAGAAUCAACACAAUGAAGAUCAAAGUAUUUAUUAUAGAGCUAUAACAUUCCAAGGCAACAUAUCCAAUAAAAUAAAACAGAGUUUAAAACAAUAUAAUAUAAAUCUUAAUUUCAAACCAAAUAAAACAUUAGAAAGAAUGCUUAUAAACAAUAAGGACAAAAUAAAUAAACUGGACGACAAUGGUGUGUACAUACUAGAGUGCGACACUUGUAAAGCAGCGUACAUUGGAGAAACAGGCAGAAGCCUUAGAAAAAGAAUAAGAGAACAUAAACACAAAAAUAACUCCAACUUCGGAAAUCACUUAACAUUUAACUCAAAACAUGAAUUUAACGAAGAUAAAAAUUCCAGAAUCCUUCAUCAUAUCAAUAAAAGUUACUAUUUAGAAAUAAUGGAAAACUAUGAAAUUAAUAAAUUCCUCAACAACUGCCCUGAUGUAACAUGCCUAAACGAACAAAUUAUACCUACAAGAAGACCACUAUAUACCUAUCUCAAACAACCAUACACACCUCCACGAAAACCUCCCGAACUCUAAAAAUAGCUGCUCUCUCUGUACCAUUAUAUUUUUCAGUGUGUUUGAUGUAGGGAGUUAAUAUGUUUAUGUUGUAAUACCUCAUUUUAACCUGUUGAAAAUCAACCUAUUCAAAACAAGAAAGUUUAAAUUCAAUACACGACAAUCACAUUUGACAGAUUACCAACAUUAAAAUAGAAAAUAUACCAUUGACAGUUUCAACAUAACCUAAAAUAUAAUAAAAAGUGAUGUAUGAUAGCACAUGUUUAGAGAUUAACAUUUUAAUAGUGAAUUAAUUCAAUAAAGUAUCACAUACAUGUUUAGUUGUUCAAAAAAUUGACGAACUCCUGAAGAUGCUCCGAAAAGAGCGAAACCGGUAGAGUGAUAAUAAACACAUUUCACCUUUAA